AUGCUGCUGCGCUGGCUGCUGCUCCUGCUGCUAAGUGUGGUCUUCACCCGGCCUGCUGCCUCGUACAACAUCGGCGUUGGUAAGAGCGAUAUCACUGGGCCUGCCGCCGAGGUCAUCAUGAUGGGAUUCGCCAGCACGGACGAAAGGGACGCUGGAAUUCUCAGUCGCCUCUACGCCAGAGCCUUCCUCAUUCAAGACCCCGACACCAGCAGCCGCGUCAUGUUCGUCCACUGCGACCUGCACUCCGUCAUGCAGCUGGUGCACCAAGAAGUCCUCGCCCAGCUCGCCACCAAGUACAGCGGCGUCUACACCGAGCAGAACGUCGUUCUACACGCCACGCACACGCACGCUGGACCGGGAGGCACUGCCGGCUACUUCCUUUACGACGUGUCCAUCCUCGGGUACAUCAGCGAGAACUUCGACAAGAUCGUGGGCGGCAUCUUGGACGCCAUCGACCAGGCGCACAACUCGGUGGCGAGCGGCACGAUCCGCUGGAACAAGGGCGAGGUGACGAAAGGCGGCAAGAACCGCUCUCCUGAUGCAUACAUGGCCAAUCCGGAGUCGGAGCGAGCCAAGUACUCGAGCAACAUCGACACGACGAUGCGCGCGCUCCACUUCUACAGCAGCGCUGGCAAGCUCCGCGGCGUCUUGGCCUUCUACCCCGUCCACCCAACCAGUCUCACCGCAGCCAACCUGCUCAUCAGUGGCGACAACAAGGGAUACGCAGAGUUUCUGCUCGAGGACGAGUUAGACAACGUCGUGGUGGGCAUCGGCAUCGCCAACGCCGGAGACGUGAGCCCCAACCUGAUCGACAACGGAGACGGCACCUUCAGCGGCGAAGGGAACACCACGAUCGAGUCCGCUGAGAUCAUGGGCAAGCGGCAGUAUGACACGCUGUUGACGCUCAUCAAGGGCGACUCUGAACUCAUCAAGGGCUCCGCUGUGGCUAAACUCUCCUACGUUGAUUUCUCCAACGUCACACUGGACGGCGUGAAAGCCACCACAGCCGACCCCUACGCCAACAGAACUUGCCCCGCCGUCGUGGGACAGAACUUUGCUGCUGGUACCGAAGACGGACGCGCGCUUAGUAUGUUCACGGAGGGCAACCUCAAGGCCAACGUGCUCUUCAAGACCAUAGGCGACGUCAUCAAGGAGACGCCGCAGUGGGUGCAGGACUGCCAGAACGGCAACAAGGUGCCGCUGUUGGCUGUCGGCCUCAUGGAGCCCGUGCCUUGGGUGCCCAACAUUCUGCCGGUGCAGGUCGUCAAGAUCGGCCAGUUCGCUAUCGCCGUCACCAACUUCGAGGUCACGACCAUGGCCGGCAGACGUAUCCGAGACACCGUCAAGACGGCGCUGGCCGGGGCUGGAGUGACCGAGGUCGAGCUCGCUUCAGUCAGCAACGCCUACGCGCAGUACAUGACCACCAAGGAAGAAUACCUCACACAGAACUACGAGGGCGCGUCGACGCUCUUCGGGCCCAACCAGUUGGCCGCGGUGCAGCAGGAAUUGGCUCGCGUGGCGAAGUCGGCGGCCGACCCGUCCGUGCCGUUGGACGUGGGGCCCACACCACUGCAGAUCGACCGCAGCUCGCUCAUCACGCUGCAGACGGGUGUGGUGUUUGACUCGUCCCCUCUGCUUUACUCUUUCAGCUACGUGCGCACGCAGCCCGCCAGCACCUACGCUGUCGGUAGUGUGGCUUCAGCAGUGUUCGCCGGCGCGCACCCGAAGAAUGCGUUGACCCUGGUCUCGUCCUUCUGUGAUGUCGAGAAACUUGGCUCCAGUGGCGCGUACUCCACCGUGCUGACCGACGCGCACUGGGACCUGCGCUACCACUGGGAGCGCUUCCUCAUCGCUGAGAGCAAGAACACGUGCGAGUGGAACACCCGCAAGGGCGGGCGCACGAGCGUCGCCGGCACCUACCGCUUCGUGCACCGCGGGUACUCGAAGAGCUUGCUGGGCGCGCUCACGGCGUAUACGGCCACGUCCAACACGUUCACCGUGACUGCGUGA